UUGAACAACGAAACAAAAAACACCCUGCAUUCAUAAAAGUUUUUGGGCAUGUUCUAGGUCCGAAAAUAUGGGCAAUUUGUGUCAAAUUUCUUCUAUCUUUACACUUUUGCUACUCAGUCUUGAAAUGUUCAUUAGCUGGUCAUGGUGGUUCGAAGGACACAGCCAAGUACGAGACAAGGUUGUUCGCACAAUUCUCACCGUUUUUGUUCCAACGCUGCUACUUUUAUGGUACAAAAAGAGCAAGGCUCAAUUGCCGCCCGGUCCCUAUGGCUUACCCAUCGUAGGUUACCUCCCAUUUCUUCGUUCCAACGUGCAAGAAAAAUUCAUCGAGAUGGCUCACAAAUAUGGUCCCAUCUUCUGCUUGCAGCUCGGAAGCAAGCUUCACGUUGUAGUGAACUCCAUGGACCUAGUAAAGGUCGUGACUCAUGACUUGGACCAAACCUUUGCUAACCGCAACCCAAAACUCUCUGCAUUAACCAUUAGUUACGGCGGGCUUAAUGUUGUGUGGUCCAACAAGGCAUACUGGCGUAAAAUGCGUAGGAUUUUAGUCAGCCAAGUAAUGAGUAACACAAAUCUCAACGCGUGUCAAACAUUUAGAACACAUGAGGUGAGAAAGAUGGUGAAUGAAGUUUAUACUAAGACAGGGACAAAAGUUAAUAUAAACGAAAUUGCUUUUGAGACCGAACUUAAUGUUGUAACGAGUAUGUUAUGGGGUAAUAGCAAAUCUGGUGAAAAGAAUGAUUGUGGUGAUAUGUUAGAUGGUUUUCGAGAAGUUGAGUUCAAGAUUGUUCAGCUCUUAGGAGCACCAAACAUCUCUGAUUUCAUCCCUUGGUUAUCGUGGUUCGAUCUACAAGGCAUUCAGAGGGAAAUGCACAAGCAAUGGGUUCAUCUUGAUAAGAUUUUUGACAACAUCAUUGAAGCAAGAAUCACUGCUAAUGCUAAGAAAAUGGAGGGAGCUGUUGAUGAAGAUGGAAGGAAGGAUUUUCUACAGAUCAUGUUAGAGCUGAAAGACCAGACAGAUACUCUAUCAUCACUUAACAUUGAUCAAAUAAAGGCCCUACUAAUGGACAUGGUUGUUGCUGCUACAGACACCGUAUCAACGAUGGUGGAAUGGGUGAUGGCAGAGAUUUUAAAUCAUCCAAGAAUAAUGAGAGAGGUUCAGGAUGAGCUAACAGAGGUUGUUGGCAUGAACAAUAUUGUUGAAGAAUCUCAUAUGGUAAAAUUGACAUAUUUGGAUGCAGUCAUCAAGGAGACAUUGAGACUACACCCGGCCACUCCUUUCUUGAUCCCAAGGUGCACAGAUGAGACUUCCGUGGUCGGUGGGUACACUAUCCCAAAGGGUAGUAUCGUCUAUAUUAACGUUUGGGGUAUCCACCAUGAUCCCAAAAACUGGACUAAUCCGUUGGAGUUCAAACCAGAGAGGUUUAUAAAAAGCGGUAAAUGGGAUUACAAAGGAAAUAAUAUGGAGUUUUUGCCAUUCGGAUCAGGAAGAAGAAUAUGCCCAGGAGUCCCCUUAGCAGAGAAGAUGUUGAUGUAUAUCUUAGCGUCGCUCUUACAUUCUUUCGAGUGGAGCUUACCAAAAGAUGAAGAGUUUGAGCUUUCACACAAGUUUGCAAAUGUGACAAGGAAAAGCAAACCGCUAAUCGCGAUACCCUUUCAAAGGUUACCUGAAACAAGCCUAUACUUCUAAUAAUGUGUUUGUGUUCAUGAGUUUAUGCAUCUUUUCUUUGAAUUGUCAAGUAUUACCCUUGAAUCACAUAUAUAUGUUAAUGGGAAAACCCCUCAUGUUUAAGGGGAAAUAUAUGUGAUGAUUUGUCCCAAUCGCCAUGGAGAAUUAGAUGUACGUACUAUACAUGAUCAGAAUUCUAAUAAUAUCUGUGAAUUGAAUAAAUAAUAAAUCGUUAUUGUCGUCGGGUUUAUGAUA